UGACGUCACGGGCCGUAUAAAGCCGGAGCGCAGCAGUCCUCCGAGGCGUUGUUCUUUCAGGUGUGUUUGUUUCCUGUCUCCAGCAGAACCAAAGCGCGCGCGUGUCUGUCAGCAUGGGGAACCCAAAGGUCUUCUUCGACAUCACCAUCGGCGGGAAGCCCGCCGGCCGCAUCGUCAUGGAGCUCUUCGCCGACGUCGUCCCGAAGACCGCAGAGAACUUCCGUGCUUUGUGCACCCACGAGAAGGGCUUCGGCUACAAGGGCUGCCCCUUCCACCGGAUCCUCAAGGACUUCAUGUGCCAGGGCGGGGACUUCACCAAGCAGAACGGAACCGGGGGAAAGUCCAUCUACGGCGAGAAGUUCGCCGACGAGAACUUCCAGCUGAAGCACACCGGACCCGGCAUUCUGUCCAUGGCCAACUCUGGGAGCAACACCAACGGGUCUCAGUUCUUCAUCUGCACGGUGAAGACGGCCUGGCUGGACGGGAAGCACGUGGUGUUCGGCAAGGUGGUGGAGGGCCUCAAGGUGGUGGAGGAGAUGGAGGCUCAGGCCUCCCAGAGCGGCACUCCCAAGAACAAAGUCAUCAUCGCCGACUGCGGGGAGCUAUAGUCGGGAGGCCGUCGACCCAGAGCCUCGAGUACGAUGGCGCGCUCAAUAAAUCAACUUGAAAGUU